AUGCUAGAAAACAAGGCAGCCUCGACAGCUCUGUCGACGACGACAACAGCUUCGGACGGUUCCUCGCAGGCUGCAGUUCAGCGUCCACGACAUCAGUUCACCCGGUCACUCUCGGAGCUUUCGUCGCCCGUGCUCCUGCAUCGAAACCACGACAAACGCCAUCGCCACGACAGCCAGGAGCACAGCGGCGAGGCCUUGUCGGCUUCGACCCCCUACAGUCCUCUACCGAGAAAGACGCCAACAGCGACUGCAUCUGGCCUUCCGCGGAACAGCCGUGCAUCUCUGGAGUUAGGCCGGCCCGACGGCAGCAUUCCGCCGGCUGUGUCCUCCAUGGAAAGCCCCAGCUCGAGCCGUCGGCCAAGCGUACGCAUCAGUCGAGAGAAGCAUCGCGAGGAAGCGCGCACGACAACUUCGGCUCAUCAGCAGCCACACCACCACCAUCACCACCGUCACCACGGCGGUCACCGCCAUCGCAGCAGCGGUGGCGGAAGCAGCAGUAGCGGCACCCACCAGAACAUCGCCGGUUUUGCCGCCCUGGCAGCUGCAGCCACAGCAGCGGCAGCCGGCUCGCCCACGCCGCUGCAGAUCCCCACUCUGACCAUUCCGCGCAGAGCGUCUGAUAGCGGCGGCAGCAUUGGCGGAAGCGGCACCAGCGGCACCAUAGCAGAGACUGCCAGAGCACCGCUCCCGGGGACCUUUGUCCCUCCGCCCGACACCGAUCCCGUUCUCGUGACCGCCAUGCGCCGCCUCCAGCAUGACCAAGACCGUGCUGCUGCCCGGCUGCUGCAGGCCACCCUGGCCGACCUUGACGGCCUGUCCACGUCGACGGGACAGCGACUCGACGCCGUCUACGGGUCGGUGCUGUCCCGCCUCAGCAUCCUGCAGGGCACCGUGCAGGCGCUACGAUCGCUAGCAAUUUCGGCACGUACCACAAACAUCCACUUCAGAGCCGAGGCCCGGUCCCUUGCAGACGAGGUUGAGCAGCAGCUUGCCCACUUUGAAGGCAGCGGUGGCGGCGCAGGAGAGGGCUCCGCCGGCAGUGCUGCUGCGGCCACCACCGGCACUACCCCGGCCACUUCUGGUCCUCUCCCCUCCGACCAGCAGCGCCGCCUGGAGCAGCUGCACGCCCGCGUGCUUGCCGGCCGUAAGGCCGUCGAGGUGCUUGGUGGCCGCGUCGAUGUCAUCCGGGAACGCGUCGAGCGCUGGGAACGCGCAGAUCUGGCCUGGCAGGAACGCACACGAACACGACUCAAGGUGCUGUGGGCCAUCGUGUCCGGCGUCGUGCUGGCGCUGGUCGUGCUUCUGGUUGUCAUGGCACGGUCCAACAAAGCCAACCGGACGACACUGACCGUGCCAGACGACGUGGGCCGGCUCGUUGAAAAUGCCUACUCUACCCUGGCGGCUACGACAUCCAAACACGAACGACAUCUUUCAUUACUACACAACAGCUCAGACAGAGAUGGUGCAGCUGCCGUCUCGAAAGCAGACUCUCUAGUCCGCUUGUUUGACGAGCUAUAA